AUAAGGGACGAGAAUUCGCACCAUCUUUAUUUACUACAGUGCGUGCGACAUGGCAGUACUCUGUCUCCAGCUUUCUUUGGCAAUUUGUGUUUUUACUACAGCUGUUGGUGGAUAUAAAAGUAAGAAUGAACAAUAUUUUAACGUUGGUAGGGAAAUUGGCGAUUCGAAGUCAUACGAUUUCUUACGAGAUGAACGCUCCAGAUACGGGUUCCAUGACGAAUAUGAAAGUAUAAUAGCCGAGGCUAAAAGGUCCAGGUAUGCGUUCGCUGCUGAAGAAGAAGCUCUCAAAGCUGCGGAUGAAGAUGAAUUUGAAGAGCUAGGUUGUAGCCACAACCCGUGCAGGUACGGGGGAACAUGUGUCGUCACUUCCUGUGGCAGUUAUAAGUGCAAAUGUCGGCCGGGUUUCUCAGGAAAACAUUGUGACUGCGUUGUGAAAGAGUGUGAUUAUGACAAAAACCCGUGUCGACACAAUGCAACAUGUAUUGACAUGGGUAAAGACUACAUCUGCAAAUGUCCUACGGGUGUUAAAGGAAGAAAUUGUGAAACUGACAUCAAUGAAUGUAAUACCGUGACGUGUUCCAACGGAGCUACUUGUAUCAACACUGUUGGCAGUUACAUGUGCAAAUGCAGACCUGGAUUUGAAGGAAAGAAAUGCUGCUCAGAUGUUAACGAAUGUGAAUCGUCAAACGGCGGUCCCUGUGAAAAUGGAGGAACUUGUGAGAAUACAUAUGGCAGCUUUUGGUGCGCAUGUCCCAAAGGGUUUAUUGGGAAACGUUGCGAACGCGAUCGUGAUGAAUGUGUGAAUGGGCCGUGCGAGAACGGAGGAAAGUGUAUCAAUAAAAGGGGAGGCUACGACUGCUCUUGUCCAGAUACCUAUCAGGGAGAGCAUUGCGAGCAAGAUGUAGACGAAUGUCUCGCAAACAACCCAUGCAAGAAUGGAGCAAAAUGUACCAAUUUACAAGGAGACUUCAAGUGUGAUUGUCCAAAGGGAUGGAAAGGGAAAAAAUGCGACCAAGAUGUCAACGAGUGUACUUCCUCUCCAUGUAAAAAUGGCGGCACAUGCGUCAACUUACACGGCGGCUUCGAAUGUCUUUGUACACAGCAACAUUCUGGUGUUCUCUGUGAUCAAGCAUGCAAUGCAGCCCUCGGAAUGGAGAGUGGCGCCAUAUUGGAUGCACAGAUCACUGCUUCUUCGCAAUAUGAUGGAAAUCAUGCCGCUAAGCAAGGAAGGUUGAACUUUAAGGCGGUUCCAGGUAAAGCAGGAAGCUGGUCAGCUCGUACAAAUGAUGGCAACCAAUGGCUUCAGAUAAAACUUCCUAGCAACACAAAAAUAUCACGUUUUUCGACGCAAGGAAGGAAUGCGUACAAUCAGUGGGUUAAAAAGUACCAGCUGUUGUACAGUGAAGAUGGACUUCACUUCCGUUAUUUUCACGAGCAAGGACAGAGCUCGCCUAAGGAAUUUCAAGGCAACAGUGACAGUAAUACUAUUGUGUAUCACGCGUUGAAUCCGGCUAUUGAAGCUCGCUUUGUUAGGCUUCGUCCUACAGCCUGGCACAACCACAUAUCCAUGCGAAUGGAGCUGUACGGAUGCGAAGUAUGUGUUCAAGCGCUUGGAAUGGAGAACGGGGAUAUCGUAGAUGCACAUAUCACCGCUUCCUCAGAAUAUGAUGGAAAUCAUGCCGCUAAGCAGGGAAGGUUGAACUUCCAAGCGGUUCCAGGUAAAGCAGGAAGCUGGUCAGCUCGCAGAAAUGAUGGCAGCCAGUGGAUUCAAGUAAAACUUCCCGGCUAUACAAAGAUAACCCGGUUUGCGACACAAGGAAGAAAUGCUUUCAACCAAUGGGUUACGAAAUACAAGUUACAGUACAGCGAGGACGGUGUGACUUUUCAUUAUUACCAUGAGCCAGGCCAGAGUUCACCUAAGACAUUUGAUGGAAACACGGACAGUAACACCAUUGUGACCCAUGAAUUGCUUCCCCCCAUCCAAGCACGCUACAUCAGGCUUCGUCCUACCGCUUGGGUCAAUCAUAUAUCAAUGAGGAUGGAAGUCUAUGGUUGUCCAGCCUGCGCUAAACCACUUGGUAUGGAGAGCGGCGGCAUAGUGGAUGCUCAGAUCACUGCCUCUUCAGAAUGGGAUGGAAAUCAUGCUGCUAAACAGGGACGGUUGAACUUCCAAGCGGUUCCAGGUAAAGCAGGAAGCUGGUCAGCUCGCAGAAAUGAUGUCAGUCAAUGGAUACAAGUAAAACUCCCCGGCUACACAAAGAUAACUCAGUUUGCCACACAAGGAAGAAAUGCAUUCAAUCAGUGGGUAACGAAAUACAAGUUGCAGUACAGCGAGGACGGUGUGACUUUUCGUUAUUAUCACGAACCCGGCCAGAGUUCACCUAAGGAAUUUGAUGGUAAUACAGACAGUGACACAAUUGUGACCCAUGAGUUGUUUCCUCCUGUGCAAGCACACUACAUAAGACUUCGUCCUUCUGCGUGGGUUAAUCAUAUAUCAAUGAGAAUGGAACUUUACGGAUGUCGAGCUUGCUUUCAAGCACUUGGAAUGGAAAAUGGUGACAUCUUAGAUGCUCAGAUCACUGCUUCCACAGAGUAUGAUGGAAAUCAUGCCGCAAAGCAGGGAAGGUUGAACUUUCAAGCGGUUCCAGGUAAAGCAGGAAGCUGGUCAGCUCGCAGAAAUGAUAUCAAUCAAUGGAUACAAGUGAAACUUCACGACUACACAAAGAUAACAUGGUUUGCGACGCAAGGUAGAAAUGCUUUCAACCAGUGGGUAACGAAGUACAAGUUACAGUACAGCGAGGACGAUGUGACUUAUCAUUAUUACCAUGAACCAGGCCAGAAUUCACCUAAGGAAUUUAGUGGUAAUACAGACAGUGACACGAUUGUAGUCCAUGAAUUGAUUCCUCCCGUCCAAGCACAGUACAUUAGACUGAGCCCUUCAGCUUGGCAUAAUCAUAUAUCAAUGAGAAUGGAAGUCUACGGAUGCCCAGCUUGCUCUGCACCCCUUGGAAUGGAGACCGGACUCAUAAAAGAUGCCCAAAUCACAGCCUCUUCAGAAUGGGAUCCAAACCAUGCUGCACUCCAGGGACGAUUGAACUUCUUGGCGGUACCAGGGAAGGCAGGAAGCUGGUCAGCUAAAUAUAAUAACCAGGGUCAAUGGAUUCAAAUCGAUCUUCUUGCUUACACCAAAGUCACGCGGGUAGCAACUCAGGGAAGAAAUGCUUUUGCUCAGUGGGUAACAAAGUAUGGGCUGCAGUACAGCGAAGAUGGACUGCACUUUAUUCAUUACCAUGAAUCAGGGCAGAGUUCACCUAAGAGUGACAGUUGUCACUACCUUGUUCCGCAAUCACAAAGUUCACGGCAUAUAACAUUGUUUUGGAACCCUUGA